CUCACUUGCACUUUUAUUUUAUGACUAUUUCCUGUUCUUACACUUAUGUCUCAAGGUAAAUUCCAAUGACUGCGUGGAGGUUGCAUACUUUUUACACAACCUUUGGCUUUUCUUCCUAUUGUUCUGGUAUUGGGCUUUAUGACAUGGAUAUUGUGGUAUUUGAUACAGCUGCCAAAUGCACUAUUGGAACAGUAUAAGCCUCCUCUUAAAGCUUGUUUUUUUGCUGGGCCAUAUAAGUGGAUGCAACCAGGUUUAUUUUGGCAAUCCUUGUCCCGCACUCAUUUUUCUCCUGUUCUGUGUUUGUGCUUCUUUGCUAGCUGUCGUGUUAUGUAUGGCCUUAUUUUUUCACUGCUUGAGGUCUAGCAGGAAUGAAAGCCAUUUGGGCAGCCCAGAAUGGCCUUGCGGCAUGGUUUUCACCCGGAACCAAACCCUUUUGUUAUAAAGGGAGUAAAAGUGAUGGAAACACCAGGCUAUGCUCCAAUUACUCGGUUGACUGGGGGCUGUAGGUGGGUCAGUCAGUAAUAUGUUGAAUAUCAAGCGGGAAUAGGCAAACGUGCUACACAUAUUAUAUGAGUCUGGUGUGGGUUGUCGUGCUCUAUAAAAAUGUGGGUCUAAAUCG